AGAGCUGGUGGUUCCCCGACCUGCCGUCCCUCGCCAGUCUUGAAAAAUGGCACCACCUACUCCAAGAGAAGCAGGAGUAUGGAGACAAACCAGAGCUCUCUUAUUCAAGAACUGUCUUAUUAAGUGUAGGACUAAAAAAAGCAGCGUUCAGGAGGUCCUUUUCCCACUCUUUUUCUUGUUUUGGCUAAUUCUCAUGAGCAUGAUGCAUCCGCACAGGAAAUACGGCGAGGUCGCCAACACCAACCUCGGCACUCUGGAUACCUCCAUGCUGGUGAAUUUUGUCAUCGGAUACACACCACCGACCCGAAUGGCACGAGAAAUCAUGAAGAAAGUGGCUUUUGAUAACUUCGAAGACGGCAUCAUCACAGAGGAGUAUUUAAGCGAAGAGGAGCUGCAGGAGGCUAGUGCUUUUAAACCCUCAAACUUCGUGGGCGUAGUGUUCAACGAUGCCAUGUCCUACCAGCUGAGGUUUCCCGAUUCGGUCGCUAUGUCUUCCAUUUAUAUGGAAUCGAGAGCCAGUUGCUCCAACCUGCGGAAAGGGUGUGAAUCGGUAACAUACUGGAGCUCAGGAUUUACGGCUCUGCAAGCCUGCAUCGAUGCCGCAAUUAUACAGCUGAAGACUAACCAAUCGGUUUGGGAACAGCUUGAACUGACGAGAGCGAUGGUCAUGGGAGAGGCUGCGGUGGUGGAAAUCGAUAAUUUUCCUCGUGCGAUCAUUUUAAUUUACCUAGUGAUCGCUUUCUCACCGUUUGGGUAUUAUUUGGCAAUUCAUAUUGUGGCGGAAAAGGAGAGGAAGUUGAAGGAAUUCUUAAAAAUACUGGGAUUGCAUGACACUGCCUUUUGGCUUUCUUGGGUGCUGCUGUACAUGAGCCUGAUUUUUGUCAUGUCCAUUCUUAUGGCGGUGAUUGCGACGGCCUCUUCGCUCUUUCCCCAGAGCAGUGCCUUUGUGAUAUUUCUCCUUUUUUUCCUGUACGGAAUCUCUUCAGUUUUCUUUGCACUUAUGCUGACACCUCUAUUUAAAAAGUCAAAGCACGUGGGUAUAGUGGAGUUCUUGGCGACGUUGGCUUUUGGGUUUGUGGGCCUUAAUAUUGUCCUGCUGGAAGAUUUCCCCAAGUCUUUCGUGUGGAUUCUCAGCCCCUUAUGUCAGUGCAGCUUCUUGAUCGGUGUCGCGCAGGUCAUGCAUCUAGAAGAUUAUGAAGACGGUGCAACAUUUUCAAAUCUAAAUGACGGUCCUUACCCGCUCUUUAUCUCUCUUAUUUUAUUGGUGCUGGAUAGCAUAUUUUAUCUGCUUGUAGCCGUCUACCUUGAUCAGGUUAUCCCAGGCGAGUUUGGGCUACGCCGCACACCAUUUUUCUUUGUGAAGCCCUCGUUUUGGUCGAAGCGCAGAAAAAAUUACAAGGAGUUGUACGAGAGCAGCAUCAACGGCAGUUUAAGUUUCAGUGAGAUAGUUGAACCUGUGCCCUCCGAAUUCCAGGGGAAAGAAGCCAUCAGAAUCAGCUGUGUUCAGAAAACUUUCAGGAAAAAGGGGGAAACUGUGGAGGCUCUCAGAAAUUUAUCCUUCGACGUCUAUGAAGGUCAGAUCACGGCUCUGCUCGGGCACAGCGGGACCGGGAAGACCACGCUGAUGAACAUCCUUUGCGGGCUGUGUCCACCGACAGACGGGUUCGUCUCUGUCUAUGGGCACAAAGUCUCCGAAAUCGAUGAAAUGCUUGAAGUGCGACAAAUGGCGGGGGUGUGCCCCCAGUCCGACAUACACUUUGAUAUAUUAACUGUGGAGGAGAAUCUCUCCAUAUUUGCUGCAAUUAAAGGAAUCCCUCAGAAUGAUUUGAUACAAGAGGUGCAGAAAGUGUUGUUGGAUUUGGAUAUGCAGCCUAUCAGAGACAACCAAGCUAAAAAAUUAAGUGGGGGGCAGAAAAGGCGGCUGUCGGUGGGAGUUGCUGUUCUCGGGAACCCAAAGGUUUUACUGCUGGAUGAGCCGACUGCGGGUAUGGAUCCGUGUUCGCGGCACAUCGUCUGGAACCUUCUGAAAAACAGAAAAGCGAAUCGCGUGACCGUUUUCAGUACCCACUUCAUGGACGAGGCGGAUAUCCUCGCCGAUCGUAAAGCCGUCAUUUCUCAAGGGAUGUUAAAAUGCCUUGGAUCUUCUCUCUUUCUCAAAAGCAAAUGGGGGAUUGGCUACCGCUUGAGCAUGCACAUCGACGCCUAUUGCAACACGGAAGCUACAACCUCGCUGAUAAGACAGCACAUACCUGCAGCCAGCCUGAUCCAAGAGAACGACGAGCAGCUCGUGUACACCCUGCCGCUCAAGGACAUGGACAAGUUUGCAGGCUUGUUUUCUGACCUCGACACUCAUUCCCAUUUGGGCGUUAUCACCUACGGCGUUUCCAUGACGACGCUGGAGGAUGUCUAUCUGAAGCUGGAAGUUGAGGCAGAGAUCGAUCAAGCAGAUUAUAGCGUGUUCAAUUCCCAGCAAGCGCAAGAUGAAAUGGAUACAAAAUCCCUCGAUGAUAUGGAGCAGAGCCUCCUGAUGCUCUCGGAGACGAAGGCGCCGGCAAUGAGCAAUACAGCCCUCUGGAAGAAGCAGGUUUCCACCAUAGCGAAAGUUCAUUUCCUUAGUCUCAAGCGGGAAAAUAAAUGUGUGAGAGUUAUGUUGUUGCUUUUUCUGAUUUUUCUUGUAGUUCAGAUUUUAUUGUUUUUCAUACACCACAUCAUCAAAAAUUCUGUAGCUGCUAUCAAACUUUCCCCAGAUUUGUACUUGCUGAAGCCCGGAGAGGACUAUCACAAGUACAGGAGUCGUCUCCUGCUGCAGAACUCCACAGAAUCGGGUAUCGAUGACAUUGUCCGCUCUCUUGGGAGCAUGAACAUACUCUUGGAGAUGUUCAAUGACAGUGAUUACGUCUCGGCUGCACCUCACAGCGCAGCUUUAAACGUCAAACACUCUCCUUUCCAGAACUAUGUUUUCACCAUCAUAUUCAACAGUACCAUGGUGCAUUCCCUGCCAGUUUUGAUGAAUAUUGUCAGCAAUCUACUUCUGCGCAAUUUAAACGUGACGGAGAGCAUUCAAAUCUGGAGCAACCCCUUCGUUCAGAAUCUUCCAGACACGAUUUUCAGACUGGAGAUCUAUUUUGAAGCUGUGUUACUGGGUAUCAUUAUUACUGGAAUGCCACCCUAUUUUGCCAUGGACAAUGCGGAAAACCAUAAGAUCAAAGCGUACACGCAGCUGAAGAUAGCGGGGCUUUAUCCCUCCGCUUACUGGACCGGGCAAGCCGUCGUUGACCUCCCGCUGUUUUUCUCCAUCCUUGUCCUGAUGAUAGGCAGCCUCUUCGCCUUCCACUACGGCGUUUAUUUCUACGUGGGCAAGUUCCUUGCUGUGAUUUUUUGCCUGAUUGGUUAUGUCCCGUCAGUCGUGCUCUUCACUUACGUGGUCUCCUUCACGUUUAGAAAAGUCCAAAAUACGAAAGAAUUUUGGUCAUUUAUCUUUUCAGUGACAGCCUUGCUCUGUACGGUUGUCACUGAAGUGGCCUUUUUUCUGGACUAUUACCUGGUAACCACCAUCCUGCAUUACGUCUUCUCCAUCUUUAUUCCUAUUUAUCCCCUUAUAGGCUGUCUGAUUUGUUUUAUAAAGGUCUCAUGGAAAGGCAAGCGAAAGAACGGAGGAUUCUACGACCCAUGGGACCGGCUUCUGGUAGCAGUUAUAGCUCCCUAUUUGCAGUGUGUCGUGUGGCUCUUCCUGCUGCGAUGUUUCGAGCUGAAGAAUGGGGGGAGGACAGUUCGAGAGGAUCCGUUUUUCAGAAGAUGUUUUACAAAAGCCAAAGCCUGGAAGUUCCCAGAUGUCCAGCGUGAUGAGAACGAAGAUGAAGACGUGAAGGCGGAGAGGUUGCGAGUCCAAGAAAUACUGAGCGGCCCCAAAAGCGAGGAGAUGCCAGCAAUCCUGGUCAGCAGCUUGCACAAAGAGUUUGAGGAAAGAAAGGAAUUUCUUCUGGGGAGAAAAAUAAAGAAAGUGGCAACGAAACAUGUUUCUCUCUGCGUAAAAAAAGGAGAAAUACUGGGUUUGUUAGGACCCAACGGAGCUGGGAAAAGCACGUUAAUUAAUAUGCUCGUUGGAGAGAUCGAGCCAACCAGUGGGCAGGUUCUGAUGGGAGAUUGUUGUUCUGGGCUGAACAGUGAAGACGACUCAGUGAAAUUUGUGGGGUACUGUCCUCAGACAAAUCCGCUCUGGCCAGAUAUUACAUUGCAGGAACACUUUGAAAUUUAUGGUGCUAUCAAAGGAAUGAGUCAGUCUGAUGUUAAGGAAGUCAUAAAACGCAUCGCGAGUGCCCUGGAUUUAAAAGACCACCUGCAGAAGACAACAAAGAAGCUGGGCGUAGGGCUGAAACGCAAGCUGUGCUUUGCCCUGAGUAUGCUGGGCAACCCCCGGGUCACGCUCUUGGAUGAACCCUCCACCGGGAUGGAUCCAAAAGCCAAGCAGCACAUGUGGCGGGCAAUUCGAGCAGCAUUUAAGAAUAAGGAGAGAGCAGCGAUCCUGACCACUCACUACAUGGAAGAGGCGGAUGCUGUCUGUGACCGUGUGGCCAUCCUGGUGUCCGGGCAGCUCAGAUGUAUAGGUACUGUCCAACACCUGAAGAGUAAGUUUGGCAGAGGAUACUUCUUGGAAAUGAAAUUAAAAGAAACAGCAGACGUACAGCAGGUGGAGUAUCUGCAGAGGCAGAUUUUGCACAUCUUCCCAAACGCGAAUCGUCAGGAAAGUUUUGCUUCUAUUUUGGCGUAUAAAAUUCCUAAAGAAGAUGUACAGUCACUUUCACAUUCUUUUUCCAAGCUGGAAGAAGUAAAACACGCCUUUAACAUUGAGGAGUACAGCUUUUCUCAGGCAACCCUGGAACAGGUUUUCGUGGAACUCGCUAAAGAGCAGGAGGAGGAGGACAGCAGCUUCGGCACCCUGAACAGCACGCUGUGGUGGGAGAGGACGCAGGAAGACCGAGUCGUUUUCUGAGCUCCUUACGGUCCAGAUCUGCUCGGCAGCUCGUGUUUUGUGCCAGCGAUGAUCCUCUGCGCGCAUGUUGGGGCUUGUGCGUGGAAAACGUCGGAGCUGGGAUGGACAGGGAAAAUUGUGUUUGGAAGCACUGAGCGUGUUCCACCGUCCUGGCCUUAGGAGUAACGCCGCAGCAGCGGUGCAAGC